AGCGCCACUCCACGCAUGCUCCUGUUCUUCAGAGUCCGCCCGCCCAGAGUUCGCUUAUAUACCGCGACUCAGCAGUCCCGCUGCAUUCCGUGUUCGACUCCCGGACGAGAUUCGCCAUUUUGAUUUUCAACAGUCAAGCUAUCAACUUUUCCCGCUAUGUCCGUCUGCCGCGUUUCGUUAAUGCUCUUAAUCGCAUUAUGCGCCUUGGAUUGCUGUCUUACAGCCACAAUCCCCAGGUCUUACGACCCUCGGCUCAGUGAUGAUGUUAUCCUGACAGCGAAGAAGAGGCCGUUCUGCAACGCUUUCACUGGCUGUGGACGCAAGCGUUCUCAGACCAUCCCCGGAAUGCCAGUCCAGGAACUAUACAGGCAACGUCAGUUCGGAGACGACGACAUGAUCGCGCCCAUGGACUCCGAUGCGAACGCCAUCGACGAACUGUCCCACCAGAUAUUAAACGAGGCGAGAUUAUUCGAAGCGAUCCAAGAAGCCAGCGCCGAAAUCGCGAGACGGAAACAAAAGGAACUGUUCAAUUAAAGAGGCAAAGAAGAAACGAAAUGGCCGAAUUAAAAAAAAAAUAACGAGUGUAUUUAAUGAAAAGAAAAGAUGAACCGUAAUGACUCUUAUAUUUUGUAUGUUAAGGCUUAUAAUCAAGCGAAGUAUUUUACUUACCGUAGCGUUUGAUGACGUUUUAAGGCGCCAUUUUGAAUGUUUCGGCGCGUCAAUUUUUUAUGGAAAAAUAUGCGCUAUCCGUUAAA